AUGCAAUCCGAGCCUACUGCAGUUUUCGACCGCUCGCCUUUGCUAGACCCGCCGUCAGAAGUGUUUCUUGAUCCUACCCAGCAUGGAAAUGAUUCGCAUGGUGAGCACCGAGUCUCUGGGCUUGGGUAUCAGGAGCCCGCGGACUCUAGUGGCGGCUUUGACUCAUCCGCGGUCGGCCAGCACUCGCCCUUGAAGGCGACAGAGUCUGCGCUGUUGAUCGACCCCGUUACUCAAUAUGAGAAUGCCAUCGCUCAGUCGCCCCGGAAAGAGGAGGAAGUUAAAUUCAAGGUGAAACCGUCACCCAUCUACUUGGGGGUGUCCCUAGAUGCUUUCCCGAAUGAGGUGCUGACGCACAUCCUUUCGCAUCUGCCUCCGCCUUCCCUGUCGUCGAUGGCCCUGGUGUCUCGUCGGUUUCACAGUCUGGUCACUACGCCUCACGCGUGGAGAAUUGCCUUCUCGCGCUACUUCCCCGGCCCGUAUACGGUGGAGGAUGGCGCGUGGCUCUCCGCAGCGAACCCAGCCGAAAGGGUGAUUUCCGACAAGCGGUAUUUCUCGAGGCUGACUGCACUGGCUUCCUGGAGAAGCGAAUACAUCCUGAGAACUCGCUUGCUGAGGUCACUCUCAAGAGGCAAACCGGCGGACUUCGAGCCUUCCAAGAAAGCCGGUACGGUGCGAUCAGCUAGCGUCCGUAAUGGCAGUGCUGUAGUCACCUAUACUUCCCAGCUUCUGUAUCCCGUCAGUCACCUACAUGGGUCGUUCGGAACAGAAGUCACGAAGAAAGAACCUCUUUUCAUUCAUGGCGCUUCUGAGCAAGGGUUCGCGUCGGCUAGCGACCCCUCGUCGGUCAAGGUUGGCACCUGGGGAUUAUCAGAUCACCAGUUCUUCCGACACUUUGCAGACCUGUUCCCAGGAGAUGCUGAGUAUGGCUUGGGCUCCGGUGAACUUGUCGGAGCCCCCAAUCGCAUGGAUGUCAGCCAGCCUUAUGGUAUGAUAUAUGGCGAGGCGUGCCCUCAGGGGCGUAGCUAUUUUAUCUCGACCACGGAACAACGCGGGAGGUUUCUGGGCGUCGCAGAUUCCAGUUCGCAGCCGCGUCUGGGUAUCCCUGCGCUCAACAUGAUCGCAACCGGUGUCACCGCGGUGUGGAUAGCCAAGUCCUCCAAUCUUCUCAAGAUGACUGGCGGCCUCGUUGCGAUGUUGUCUGGCUCUUCCACUGGAAUUCUCACGGCCUAUGCCCUUGGGCCCCAUCCUACCUAUGAAAAACGGUAUGAGAGAGGCCAAGUGACUGCGAAAUGGGUCCUGUGCCCCGGUGUACCUAUUAUCGCCAUUGCUGUUGAUGAUAGCUAUUCUCCUAAACGUCAUUCCCGUCGGCGAAUCUGGGCGACAGUCUUGAACGCCUUGGGAGAGGUCUUCUACUUAUCUGACAUCCCACGGCAGCCCGACGUGCCUUCCACCAAACUGACUGCCGAGGAGUAUGAGCAGUUAGCGUGGAAGACGGGUCGGAGUGUGCGCUGGGAGCUUGUUGAGUUGAGCAGACGGACUGCGCGCCCCGAUCCGUUCAAUCGUGACCUUGUCGAUGGGAGCUACAGCCCUCGUUCGUCAUCGGAUGCAAUGAAACUCCAUGAGGACCAGAUAGCCGCAGAGACAAAGGAGAUCGAGCGCUUCCUGUCUUUCAAGCCGAAGCAUUUUCAGAAAGUUUGUGAGGGCUGGGAUAUGCGGCGCGAACUGAAAGUCGACUUUGCUGGAGAUGAUGGCUCUGGAGCUGGUGAGGCAGUCCUUGUGGUUUCCCGAGGCAUCGGAGACGAUGAGAAGGCCUCGAUUCGUAGGUACACCAGAACGGUGUCGAAGCAUGGCUCAGCAACGGCGAAUCAUGGGCACGGCUCCCUGAGUGCUGAUAGCAUUACUGGACCUUCCAUCUUCGGUGGACCUGUGAAGUCUCCUAUCUUGCCUUCUGUGAGCAGCGCAAGCAGUGUGCCUUCGUCCCGCGCUUCCAGCCGCGUCAGUGAGUCUAUCUGUUCGAUCACGAACACCGAAUGGCGCAUCACGGAUUUCAAUUUUGGUGAUCGGAAAUCGGUCCAGAUCACUACCAGCGCACUGGAUCUCUCGACCUAUGCUCUGUUGACCACUGAUGAGGAUCCUCUCAUUGGCAUGUCAGGUAGCUCUGCCCUGUCUUCGGAGAUGUCUUCCCCGCUUCCCCAUAUGAAGCAAGCGCCUGGUAGUGCAGAAGUCCCUGGUCAACGGGGACGAUACAUGGCUGUGGGCACCGCUGCGGGAAUGGUCUUCGUCUGGGACAUACGUUCGCCCACGUCCAAGAAUUCCGACAUCAUCAAUGUCGUUUCGCCUAUUCGAGUCAUUCAGACGGAGUCGCCCCAAGUCUCUAGUGUAGCCUUGACAUCGCUGUACCUAGUCCAUGGUGGAAACGAUGGACUCGUUCAGGCCUGGGAUCCGCUCGCUUCGUCUACUCGACCAAUCCGUACUAUCAAUUCGCGCUUCUCUACUCGCGCCCGGCGUCGACUGGUUCAAGCCGAAGCAUCCGUUCAGGGUAUUGGCAACAACUACUAUGCCACGGGCGCUAUCUGUCUGGACCCAGAUCCGACCGUCCUGCGGGGCAUGGUCGCUCUGGGAACACACCUGCGCUACUGGUCCUACAGCUCCUCCGCCGCCGACCAAUACAAGUCCAGCAAGCGCCGGCUUCGUCGCGGCCCAAGAGGCAGCAACGCUACCCCCGAGGGCCAGCGAUUCAGCACGAGCGGCCGCGGUGCACUCAAAGACUUCAUCGAGGACGAAAAGAUUGAAAUGGAUCGCCAAAAGGUUGCCGACGCGAAAGAGCGCGCCCACCUCAGCCACCGCUUCGGCAUCGAUCUCCUCGGCCCCGACAUCGAUGAAGACCAGCUCCUCGCGUACGCGCAACUCCUCAGCGAAGAAGCCUACUCCAGCGAAGCCGUGAAACGCGGCGAAGUAGUCGAGGGCUCGGUAUCGAGCACCUCGCCCAGCGACACCAUCGGCCCGAACGACAGCUCUGUCGCACCAGACGAGCUAUCCUCCGCAUCAUCGCCCUAUGAAGACUUCGCCGACGACGACCUAGAGCCAGACAUCGCCGAAGCCAUCCGUCUCAGUCUGCUUGAGGAGGAAAAGUCCAGCCCUGCCUCCGGCAUGGACUCCUUCGACCCGCCAUCCCCAUCCGGCCCAGCCGUCGCGGAAAGCAGUCGCCAGCAAGAAAUCGAUGAUCUCGAGUUCGCAAUCCAGCUCAGUCUCGCCGAGGCCGAGAGCCAGGGUCAACCAGUUGAACCGAGAGAGGAGUUCCCCGUCCUUUCGGGACGAGCACCAUCUCCGAGGAAAGACAAGGGCAAGGGCCGAGCUUUGUGA